AUGGAUCAAACUCAUGCUAUCCUCAACCUCGCUGAAAGUUACUUGGCCGAAUAUAAAGCAACAGUUGUUGUUCACAAUGCACCACUUCCAGAAGCCAAGCCUGUUGCCACAAUCAGCUGGACACCUCCUCCACAAGGCCUCCUCAAGCUGAAUAUAGAUGUGGCUUCCUCGAAGAACCACCUUAAAGUCGGUCUUGGUGGAAUUAUUCGCAAUAGUUAUGGAGAAGUAGUCGCUGCCAUAGCUUUUCCUCAUACAAGAGGCGGGGAUACUGCAAUCCUUGAAGCAAAAUCUAUUCUUAAAUCUCUUCACUGGUGCAUAAAAGAAAGCUUCCAUCUUCAUCAGGUAGAAACCAGCUGUAAAGCUAUCAUAGAUGCUCUCGCUGCCACCAAAGAGGACCUCUCUCUCUCUUCGGAGAUCUCAUCAGAUGAAGCUUCAAUUUGGAUUGGAGAUGACCCUUGUAAUCUUGCUGCUCUUCUCUUCCCUUAA